GCCCAUCAGUCAAAUGUUCAGACAAUAACAUUGUAUUUUAUUGAGCAAUUAACAUUUAGAGCAAUUAAUAAACUCCUAGCUUUUGCCUGCCCUUUCAAACUUUGUCUUAACAGCUCCUGACUGAAAACUAGUCUUUUUUUUUAAAGUAAGAUUAUUUGGUUUGUUAUUUUUAAUGUUACUUUUGCUCCAAAAUUUGGACCUGCCAACAAUUCUACUUUUUUUGUUUUUUUUUGUGAGACAGUUGAAACUUUAUUCUGAUGUUAAGAUCUAAUGUUAAGUAGUUGCCAGGCAGUGAAUAAAACCACUAUCUUUUCCCCCCUUUUUUAAAUUUCUGGUAUUUUUUUCUUCUAAUGAAAACAGAUACAGUAACUCCAUGAUUUACCAAUAAACAUGCUAUACUUUGAGAGCUAUGGAUAGAUUCCUUUAAUGAGGAAUAAACAAGUUUUGUCACUGAACUGCCAUUGUCUUGUUUAGUUGGAUGUUUUUUAUCCUGAAACACUGAUUCCAAAAGAAUGAGUCAGAAAACAGCAUGAAGUUUGCUUUUCUGCAAGAUUCCUAGUUGCCUUCCUGGUAGAUUUCAAAAUAAAAGAGCCACAGGUUAGCUCACUUAAAUUUUAAUCUCUUCUCUUUCUAAGCAAGUCUUCCUUUUUUUUUAUUAGUCAGACCAAGACUAUUUGUUUUACUUGCUACAGGAAUUAUGCAGCAUCCUGCAGAAAAUUGUAACUGUAUGAAGCCAAAGGAUUGUAUUGUGCAAACUGAGGUCCCCAUAACUCAUACUUCCAGGUGGUCUGCAUCUGCUGUAAUCAUUUCAAAGGCAGUGAGAACAUGUCUUCUUUGGGGAAGGAAAACAUGUAUAAACAGUGGUAGAAGACUCCAGGAAGGUUACAGUAGAUAAUAAUAUCUGAACUCUUGAACUGCAGUCAGUAUCCUGACUCCUGUGUGUCUGUGUGUAUCUCUGUGUGUACAGUUAAAUAAAAUAUAUGCUUAGUUGCCAUGCUGCACUAGAUUUCCCAGGCAAAAGCAUAAAUAAUAGGAUACGCUAACUGCAUCAUUCUCCCCCAAAUCUGCAUAUAGUCCAACUAUCCCUAAUUUAAGUAUAUACAAAAAAUGGGGUAGUGUUUGAAUUUUUAACUACAAGCAUUAUUUAACAUUGGCCGUGCAGACUAAGUCUACUAUAAGCUAUUCUUUAGCAAAAUAUGGAGAGUCACCAGUCCAAGUCUAAUAACGUCCAAAUUAUGUUGUAGAAAAGAGCAAUAUUAUGAAGAAGUUUGGACAUUCCCAAAUUAGGAAAAAGUGGGAGAAGCAGUCCAACAUACUGAACAUUACUCAUAGCAGAAGAGGACUUUUGUGUUGAACUUGGUCCUUUCUUCUAUUUCACAUUUUCGGUCCGUUAUUGUUAUAGAAAGAAGGGGUCAGGUAAAUGGCAAGAAGGAUUAAUUGAGAGAUGAAAAAAAAAUGCUCUGGGGUCAGCUGAGUGGACAGUGAAGCCUAUGACAGAAGCAGGAGAGGAGUUCUAUGAUGCUAUUCUACCUGGGAUUUCAAAAAAAGGAAGUCAAGACAUACAUAUAAGCUAGAUCUGGGAAUGAAAGCGUUUGCUGUGGGAUCACUGGUGUAUUCUAGGGUAGAUCGGCUUGUUGGGUUAGUACCAGAAUGAAAUAAAGCUCAGGUUCGCUUCUCUUAUAUGCGGAUGAAAUAUCUCUUCCUCUCUUGGCUAGGAGUAUUUAUUGGCAGCUGGAUUAUUUAUGUUCAGUACUCAUCUUACACAGAACUUUGCAGAGGGCAUGACUGCAAGAAAAUAAUAUGUGAUAAAUACAAGAGUGGGGUUAUUGAUGGAUCAGCAUGUAGUAGCCUGUGUACAAGACAAACACUUUAUUUCAGAAAAUGUUUGUCAACCCAACCCAACAAUCAGAUGUAUUUAGGAGAAUGGGGCAAUUUGCAAGGAGUUAUAAAAUGCCAGAUGGAAGAAAUUGCUCAUAUUGAUCUCAGAACUGAACUAGAACCAAGGAAGGAAACAAUUCUGUUUGAUAAACCGACUAGAGGAACAACUGUUCAGAAAUUCAAAGAGAUGGUCUAUGGGCUUUUUAAAGCAAAACUGGGAGAGCAAGGAAAUCUUCCUGAACUGGUUAAUCUCAUCUUGACUGUGGCUGAUGGGAACAAAGAUGGUCGUGUUUCCUUGCCAGAAGCAAAGUCAGCAUGGGCACUUCUCCAGUUAAAUGAAUUCCUACUGAUGGUAAUUCUCCAGAAUAAAGAACACACUCCCAAAUUAUUGGGGUUUUGUGGAGAUCUUUAUGUGAUGGAAAAAGUUGAAUAUACCUCUCUUUUUGGAAUAAGCCUUCCGUGGAUCUUAGAACUCUUCAUUCCUUUUGGUUUCAGAAGGAGCAUGGAUCAGUGGUUUACUCCGUCAUGGCCCAGAAAGGCAAAAAUAGCUAUUGGGCUCCUAGAAUUUGUGGAAGACAUUUUCCAUGGACCAUAUGGGAAUUUUCUUAUGUGUGACAUGAGUGCCAAAAACCUGGGUUAUAAUGAUAAAUACGACUUAAAAAUGUUGGAUAUGAGAAAAAUAGUGCCAGAAAUGAAUUUAAAAGAACUUAUUAAAGAUCGUCACUGUGAGUCUGACCUGGAUUGUGUAUAUGGCUCAGACUGUAGAACUGUAUGUGACCAAAGUAAAAUGAAAUGUACUACAGAAAUAAUUCAGCCAAAUUUAGCAAAGGUGUGCCAUUUGCUUAAAGACUAUCUGCUUCUCGGGGCUCCUUUAGAAAUACAUGAAGAAUUAGAGAAACAACUGUACUCUUGCAUUGCCCUGAAAGUUUCAGCCAAUCAGAUGGAAAUGGAACAUUCCUUAAUACUCAAUAACUUGAAAACUCUAUUGUGGAAGAAAAUAUCUCAUACAGAUGAUUCUUAGGUGCUUUGUCUCAGAAGAAGAAACAGUUGCUGCUGUAGGAGCUGACCACUUUUUGUGAAACAUAAGUUUAUAGUUUUUGAAACAUUAGUUGUCCUCAUCUUUUAUCAGUUCUCUUUCAGAUAUGUUUUUCCCCAAUUGAAGAGUUAUAUGUGUACUUAAAAGGUAUGCCUAUCAGACUACUGAAGCCAUAUGGCUACAACACUCCUGGCUGGAAAGAAUACUAAUUCCGUUACCCUUUUACCCUUCAUUGGCUUCAGAGAUUUCAUAAGAGCCUUCUGUUGUUAGUAUUCAUUUUGUUUCUUUAGAAACUUACUAAAAGCCAAAUUUAUACGUAUGGAGAAAGCAUUUGGUAUAAUCCCAGGAAAUGCGUUCUGUAGAAUUUAUAAACAUACAUGUAUUCAGCUGAACAACUUCCUAAAAGUAAAAAAAAAAUCUAGCAUUUGAAAUCUAGCCUGCCCUUUUCCGUGACAUAUUAGUUAUUAAAAACUGGGAAUUCUUGAAAUAGAACAAUAUAAAAUACCAAUCACAUUUCCAUUUCUAAAUAAUAGCUAAAGAGAGACACCCCAGAACUUCUGCAUCAUGAGGCAGUUCCAGUUAGCCAAGCUGCUUCAUCUGGCAGUGGAAGACCCUCCACCCUUCCUUCUAGCUUUCCGGAACACCUUGAAGAGCUGGGGUUGGUUCAGGGGAUGGCUAGAGUCCUACAACUGCAAAUGGCGAUGUAUGGAGGAGUCUGUGUUUGAGGGCUCCAGGAACUGUUUUUUGAGAGUGGUUUUAUUGCUCCUUUUUACAUUUUUACUUCCUGGUUUUCUGAGUUGUCCAGGAGUAUUGUACAUAGGAUGGGCAGCCAUAUAACUCCUUUGAAUAAAUGUAUUAAUUAAAAGCUCCACUUGAUAACGUCCCACGUAUCAAUCUGCCCCCUGGGAAAGUACUGUUCCCUGUGCUUUGUUUGCCCUGAAUCUUUAGCAAAGAGAAAAGUUAGAAGGAAUGGAGCAGGAUGGGUGAAGUUGGCUGUGUGGGUUAUUGUUUUAAAGCACUCUUCGCUGCCAUUUUUGUAAAUGCUGGCUAUUUUAUGAAAAAAAUCCUGGUGACUCGAACAGGCUUCUCAUUUGAACUAAAUGUGUGCAAGGGGAAGAGCUUUGUCCCUAAAUUGUUAUAUCAUUUAGUCCAAGCAGAUGAGGGACUGAUUGCAUCUAGGGAACUGCUCUUGUUCCAAAGCUACCAUCUUGCAGAUGUGAUAAGAAGAUUCCUUAUGUUCUUUUGACUUACUAUAUCCUUUGUGUUCUUGCUUCCCCUCAAAAAGCUACGAAAAUGUAUUGUGGUGCUUUUAAAAAUAUCUGAUAUGAUUUUUAAAAUUCUGAAGUUUCUUUACAAUCAUUAAUCUGAAGAACCCAUCACUAUUAGAUUACCUUUUAAAAAUAAUAUUUUGGGGAUUAUCUAUUAAUUUUAAGCAUGGCAGAAUUUGCACAUUAGUAAUUUUUAGAGAAAAUUAAUGUGACAAUUGAAAAUAUUUUAAAAUGGAAGUUUUUCGAACCAGAACUUUUUGUUAGGUUUUUACAUUUGUAUACACAUUUACCUCAUACAUACAUUGAAUGUUAGUAAGUUUGCUAUAUCUCCUAGUUAAAAAUAGCUGUUGUACCAUUCUACCAUUUAAGGAUUUAUAAAUUGCAUACACAAUCAUUCACACACACACACACACACACACACACUACAGCAAUAUGAAAUAUAAGCUUCAAUAAACUACAGCAAUCAGUUGGAUUAUAUGAACAGAUUUAUUAAAUACUAUUAAGCAUUAUAUAUUUGAAAGUAAGAAGUCAAAGAGAUCCUUAAGCUUUAGUUUGUCCAAACCAAAUGCAAUCAAAUGAUUGAGUCCUAGUUUUUUAUCAGCAAAGUAUUUAAAUCAUAGCAGACAAUUUCACCAAAAGAAAGCCUAUCCAACAGUUAAAUUCUAUGUAUGACUGUUCUGAAGUAAUUUCAGUAUUGUAGUUGUAAGGUGAAAGAUUCCUAUUGGGAGGUAAUCAUAUUUGUUCCUUCAACCAUCAAAUUCUUGUGAUUUCACCAUAUGCACUUUGGAAACUAAAAUAUUACAUUCAAGCUGAUUUUGUAAGAAUGUAUAGGUUUGUUUUCAGGCUAUGUGAUGAGCUAAUUUCUAAAUUGGCAUUUGUCUUAAGCUAAUGAAUAUUGGUUUUGGCAUUUCUUACAAAACAACAAAAUGAAAUAUAACAGUGUUACGAUACAUGUGUUCACCACCACCCUUCUUGGACUUGUUUUUUUUUUUUUUAAAUAUGUAGUACUUUCGUUUCUGUUGUGUGUGUUUCUCAGAACUACAGGCCAUAGUCCCAAGAUCUAGAAAGAAAUGGCAACUUUGAUCACACAUAGAUAAUCUUUGGGAUCUUAUUUAGCACCUAGUUAGUUAAACUACAUUGUUCAACAUAGUUGUUUAGCAGACCUCUUGUGAAACACUUGUGCAUGUUCCUCUUGACACUAAUACACCUUUAGCUCUUGACUUGAUUCAGUUUGUUUUAUAAAAUAAGAAAAUUACAAAAGUUAUUUACAAUUUCACUUUUUGAAAUCAACAGAAUAUUCUUUUUUUAACCUAUCAAACAUGCACUUAUAAAGGCAAAAGAACUGUUGUUCCCUGUAUAAUGUGUGACAUUAUUUGCUUUAGGGUCUUGUACGUUUUUGCCUUGUAUAAAUAUUUUUACCAGCAGUUUUCUUGCACAAUGUCCACUUUGUUUUUAAAUUGACAGAGACCGCAUUUAUUAGUGGUACCAAUAAACAUUCUUAAAUCUUAAUAAGCAAAUCCAUGGUGAGUAAGUCUGAAUGUCAAUAUUUAACAGUCAUUGCUCAGUGGAAAAAUAUAUUUGAAAGUUUGGAAUAAUGGGACUUGUUACCAAUGCAGUUUGUACUGUAUUUCAUUUUGAUUGCUGUUAUACCACUUUCAUGUUUUUAUUUUAAAUAUGAACUGUUUACAAUAAACUGGAACUAUUUCCCCUUUCUGGUAGUUAUACGUGUUGGGUAGAAACACUGCAUUUCUGGUAAAUUAUUAGCAUAAAAUGUUGGCGAUAGCAAGAGCUCAUUGAUUCUGGGUAAAUUUGAACAAGGUUCAAUUUGAUUACAUAGUUGAGUCUGUAUAAUGUGUGCCUUAUCCUCUCCAAAUACAAGAAACAAAUCAAUACAACAAUUUUAGUGGACAGAGUUGUUGAAAUAAGCCCAAAACCCUGAUUUCUGCUUAUAGUUUUCAUAUUCUUCCAACAAAAAUUGAUACUUAUGACUGAAUUGGAUUCAUUUUAUUAAAGGCUGAUUGCUGCAAAGCAGGAAUAAUUAAGGAAUAGGAAACCCGAAUCUGGAUUAAAUCCCUUGAGAUGACAAGUUUGUUUGAUUCUCUGUUUCAGCAGAUAGUCCUUUACUGUCCCCUAGUGAAACAUGUUGGGGUAUAGUUGCAUUUAAUCAUUUUUAUAUAAAAGUCAAUAGAAUGCAACAGAAGUUAAUGAAAUGAGAUAUAGGGUGCUUCUGCUUUCCUCUUGAGAUUAAAGAGUUCAUGUAGUGAUGGAAGAGAUCCGUGAAGGUGUUUCAUCAUUACACAAUUGGUCAUUUCUAUUUAGUUUCAAUUUAGGGAUUCCCGUAAGAUCCCAGGGUAAAACUCUAUAUUUCUGCAUAAAUAUGACCUAAAAUGUGAUAUGUUCUUCACACAAGCCCAUAAACUAGGUGAAGAGAACCCUAUUAAACAAUUGAGUCAAAAACAUUAUAGUUCACGUAUUUAAUGGAAAUGAUCCAAAUCUGUGUGGCAAAAGUUAUGUGAACUUUUGCUUUCAGUAACUGGUGUGCACCCUAUAAGUGCAACUAAAUAUUUCAGAUAACUGUUGUCCUGAACAUUGGCUUGGAGGAAUUUUAACCAAUUCCUCUUAUGGAACAGCUUUAAUUCAGGGUUGUUUGUGGGCUUCCUUACAUGAAUUCCCUGCUUCCUACAACAUUUCUAUAGGAUUAAGGUAAGGACUUUGAUGGCCCAUUCCAAAACAUUUUCUUCUGCUUUAACCACUCUUUGAUUAUAUGGCACUGAUUGUUGUUAUGGUGGUGUUGUUAUGUUAUGGUGUAAGUCCCACUUUCUCUGGAGCCCAAAGUUCAUUGACAGAUAUCCUGAUAUUUUCCUGUAAAAUUUGCUGGUACAGUUCAGAAUUCAUAGUUCUAUCAAUGUUUUAUCAAUGACAAACCAUCCUGGUCCGUUAUACUGUUACCAUCAUGUUUCACGGAUGGUAUAAGGUUCUUAUGCUGAGUUUGCCUUUCCCAAACCUAACACUUGUCGUUCAAGUAAAAAAAAAUCUAUUUCGGUCUUAUCUGGCCACAGAACAUUUUUCCAAUUAUUUUUUGGCCUAUCCACAUGGUCUUUGUACAUGGACAGCAAUGUUCUUUUUGGAAAGUAGUCACUUUCUCCUUGCAAUUCUGCCAUGCACACCCAUGUUCGGUGUUCUUCUGAUGACGGUCUCAUGAAUAUCGACAUCUAACAAUGCAAGAAAGGCCUUCAAUUCCUUAGAUGUUAUCUUGAGGUUCCUUGAGACCUCCAAUAUUACAUGCCUUACCCUUGGUAUGAUCUUAGUUGAUCAAUCACUCCUGGGAAGGGUAACAGUGGUGUUGAAUUGCUUCCAUUUGUACAUGAUCUGCCUGACAGUGCACUGGUGGAGCCUAACUCUUCGGAAGUCGUUUUGUUAACUCUUCCAGCCUGGUGAGCAUCAACAACCAUUUUUAAAGUCAGAAAUCUCCUUUUUCAAACUAUUACCCACUUCCUCAUACCUGUGUUGUGAAGAUCAGUCUUUGAUAGUGAAUACCCAGAAUUCAGUCCUUUAAAUAAGGCAGGACAUCCCACACUCAAAUAAUAGAUUAUUAUCCUUUUCAUUGGAAUACCUCUUAUUUCUCCUUCAAAUGAACAGAUAAUUCCAGACUUUCACAUACACAAACCAUACACAUAUAUAAACUUGGAUCACUUUCCUCAAUGAAUAAAUGAACAUGUAUGCUUUAGACCAGUGGUUCUCAACCUGU